GCUCUCUUCCCCAUUAUGGAUAAUUCUAAAUCAAAUGCUGUCGCGGUUAACGUAGUGAACGGACAUUCUAAAAGUGAUGAAGCUUCGGUAACCGAAUCCACCGUAGAGUCACCUGUGUUUUGCUGCGGCUGUCUGAGGCGGAUCAGAGGCUGGAUCCCCGUGCAUUAUAAAGAAGAGAUUGGCCAAAUUCUGAAACUAACGGGACCGGUGGUUAUAUCCCAGCUGAUGAUCUUUCUGAUCAGUUUUGUCAGCACCGUGUUCUGUGGUCACCUGGGGAAGACUGAGCUGGCUGGGGUGGCACUGGCUAUAGCGGUGAUCAAUGUCACCGGCCUCUCCAUUGGCUCUGGCCUGGCAUCAGCCUGUGACACUCUCAUAUCUCAGACAUUUGGCAGUGGUAAUAUGAAUCGUGUUGGCAUGAUUCUACAAAGGGUUCUGAUUCUGCUCCUGGCCUGCUUCCCCUGCUGGGCUCUCCUCAUCAACACUGAACCCAUCCUAUUGGCUGUUAAACAGAGCCCGGAGGUCGCCAGGCUCUCCCAGCUGUAUGUGAUGAUCUUCAUGCCAGCCUUGCCGGCUGCCUUCAUGUUCCUGCUGCAGGGGAAAUAUCUGCAGAAUCAGGGUAUCAUCUGGCCUACCGUGCUAGUAGGAGUGGUGGGGAACAUUCUCAAUGCUCUCAUCAACUACAUCUUCCUCUAUGUGCUGGACCUGGGCGUAGCUGGUUCUGCUGCAGCCAACUCCAUCUCCCAGUACUCCCUGGCUGUCUUUCUCUACUGCUAUAUUGUCUGGCAGGGUCUGCACAAGGCCACCUGGGAAGGUUGGUCAGCUGACUGCCUGCAGGAGUGGGGUCAGUUCAUCACACUGGCCAUCCCAAGUAUGCUAAUGCUGUGUCUGGAAUGGUGGACCUAUGAGAUCGGCGGUUUCCUGGCAGGUCUUAUCAGUGAGGUGGAGUUGGGGGCUCAGUCUGUUGUCUAUCAGCUAGCUGUCAUCACCUACAUGUUUCCUCUUGGAUUCUCAGUAGCAGCCAGUGUGAGGGUGGGCAACGCUCUGGGUUCAGGGAACACAGAACAGGCCAAGCUGUCUGGGAAGGUUGCCUCCAUCUGUGCAUUCAUCGUCUCGUGUUUUGUCAGUACGUUUGUCCUCGUGACUAAAGACGUGAUCGGGUACAUCUUUACCACAGAACAGGACAUUGUGAAGAGGGUGGCUGACAUCAUGAUCCUGUAUGGCUUCUUCCAUCUGGCAGACACCUUCGUGGGUGUAAUGGGCGGAGUCGUGCGUGGAGCAGGAAAGCAGAAGAUUGGAGCGUUGUGUAAUCUGGUUGGCUACUACUUCAUUGGCUUCCCCAUCGGAGUCUCCCUCAUGUUCCCUAACAACAUGGGCAUUAUAGGUUUGUGGAUAGGCCUGUUCACCUGUGUGUUAAUCCAGUCCUUGUUCUUGGUAGUUCUGCUGUGUAAACUGGACUGGAAAAAAGCCAGUCAAGAGGCUCUGGUGAGGGCAGGAGUCCAGCUCCCUGAAAGGAAAGAAGAGCAGUUUGGACUGGAGAAGAGAGGCUGGUCGGAGCGGUCCCCACCCAGCGACGAGAGCCCUGGGGAGGGGAAGACGGACGUGGAGGGGCUGGGUGGGGACAGGGGGGAAGGAGGGGGGGAGUUAGAGGCGGGGCCGGUGGUCAGUACGGUGAGGUUGACUGUCAGACAGCUGGUGAUCCGUCGUGGGCUAGUUGUCAUCCUCAUGUUCCUCAUCCUCACCGCUGGAAUCAUCCUCAGUGAACUGCUCACCAGCCUGCUGCUCGGAUAAACUGAGCCAAAGAGAUUACCCACAGCCACAUAUACAGUACAGGAGGUUACGACAGCCACAUAUACAGUACAGGAGGUUACGACAGCCACAUAUACAGUACAGGAGGUUACUACAGCCACAUAUACAGUACAGGAGGUUACUACAGCCACAUAUACAGUACAGGAGGUUACUACAGCCACAUAUACAGUACAGGAGGUUACGACAGCCACAUAUACAGUACAGGAGGUUACUACAGCCACAUAUACAGUACAGGAGGUUACGACAGCCACAUAUACAGUACAGGAGGUUACUACAGCCACAUAUACAGUACAGGAGGUUACUACAGCCACAUAUACAGUACAGGAGGUUACUACAGCCACAUAUACAGUACAGGAGGUUACCCACAGUACAGGAGGUUACCACAGCCACAUAUACAGUACAGGAGGUUACUACAGCCACAUAUACAGUACAGGAGGUUACCCACAGUACAGGAGGUUACCACAGCCACAUAUACAGUACAGGAGGUUACACAGCCACAUAUACAGUACAGGAGGUUACUACAGCCACAUAUACAGUACAGGAGGUUACCACAGCCGCAUAUACAGGAGGUUACCACAGCCACAUAUACAGGAGGUUACCACAGCCACAUAUACAAUACAGGAGGUUACCACAGCCACAUAUACAGUACAGGAGGUUACCCACAGCCACAUAUACAGUACAGGAGGUUACCCACAGCCACAUAUACAGUACAGGAGGUUACCCACAGCCACAUAUACAGUACAGGAGGUUACUACAGCCACAUAUACAGGAGGUUAGUACAGCCACAUAUACAGGAGAUUACUACAGCCACAUAUACAGUAGAGGAGGUUACUACAGCCACAUAUACAGUACAGGAGGUUACUACAGCCACAUAUACAGUACAGGAGGUUACUACAGCCACAUAUACAGGAGGUUAGUACAGCCACAUAUACAGGAGAUUACUACAGCCACAUAUACAGUACAGGAGGUUACCCACAGCCACAUAUACAGUACAGGAGGUUACCCACAGCCACAUAUACAGGAGGUUACAGUCAACCACAUAUACAGUAGAGGAGGUUACUACAGCCACAUAUACAGUACAGGAGGUUACUACAGCCACAUAUACAGGAGGUUACAGUCAACCACAUAUACAGUACAGGAGCCAUAUGUAUUUAAACCAAAGAUGGUACUCACACAGCCAUACAGGAGUUACUGUAUGACCCAAAGGGUUCACUGCUGUGGACAUUUAAUCAUGGACAAAAGAAGGGAAUGAUCACUAACCCAGAAGGCAACAUUUGGCACCUUAUGUCGUCUUAAUAAUGUAAUUUACUGGUUAUUAACUGGAUAAGAAUGUGUAUAGCCAGAUGACAACCCUGGUCUCUGUUACCAGUUAGACAUAUCUUGACAAGAUCAGGAUGGGAAGGAUUUUGAUUGUUAUCAGAUUACAGACAGAUGUAUUUUUCUGGUUGGUAAAAAGACGUUAACGAAACAAUGUGCUCUUCAUUAGAUAAUGUGUUCGGUAACAAAACUCUUUUUUUAAGGAGAUGUUUUUCUAGUGGCUACUAAUAACAACAAGUCUGUUGUGUUUUGAAGUGGAGCUGGUUCCCUAUUCUGCUUUUCACGUUCUGUCAUCAUUAAAUUAAAUCUGCAUAAA